CUCCAAUGCAAACAAGCGUCGCUAAUAUUUCUGAGUGCUAUGUGCGCAGCGCGUUGAAAUGAGCAUCAUUAUCAGUUUGCGUCUUGUUGCAAACAGAUUGAAUACCGCUCCCCAUGUAUCCUCAACUGGAGCCUGAGUUGGAAGAAAAGGCAACCAAGGUGCGUCUGCUCACCAGCACCGGCACCGGCACCAAAAGCCCUGCUCACUCUGAGGCCAAAAAGCCAGCGCCGGCGCCCAAAUGGAAGCGCGCGCUGCUGCGUCAUGUGCCCGUCUUUCAAUGGCUGCCCGCCUAUAACUUGGAAUGGGGUAUAGAUGACUUCAUAGCUGGCAUCACUCUGGGCCUCACCAUUAUACCCGAGAGCAUAGCAUGCGCCCUGCUGGCCGGACUGCCCGUGCGCUAUGGCCUGUGCUCGGCGUUCAUAGGACCGCUGAUCUACUUGAUUUUUGGAUCCAUUGAUAAGGUCAUCAUUGGACCAACCAGCCUGGUGGCGCUGGUCAGCGUACAGUUCACUGUGGGGCGGCCCAUAGAGUUUGCCUUUCUGCUCACCUUUCUCAGCGGCAUUGUGGACAUUAUCAUGGGCAGCCUACGCAUGGGCUGUAUUUUUGAAUUCAUCUCGAUGCCGGUCAUAAAGGCAUUCUCUUCAGCCACAGCCGUGCUCGUCAUAGAGUCGCAGAUCAAAGUACUGCUGGGCAUUAAGUACCUAGUGCCGGGGCUCAUCAAUUCCGUAAGCAUGUUAAUUUCCCAGAUACACAAGGCUAACAUGGCCGAUCUGGCCAUGGGCGUGUUCGCUAUAAGCUUCUUGCUGCUGAUUGGCCUGCUGGAUCGUGUGGCAAACAAUGAGAAGCGCCACAAGGCUUUGCGCAUCUGUUGUCGCUACUUGUCUACAUCUAGGAACACCUUGAUUGUCUUGAUUGCUGGUAUAUUCUCCUACAUCUGUCUGUGCUAUCGCGAGCAGCUGCCCUAUACGCUGAGCAAAAACAGUCUCUCCAGUUUUCCCAACUUCACUUUGCCCGUGUUCACCAUAGAAACACCAGAGCGCACCUAUAGCUUCUGGCAGAUCAUGCGUGAACUGAACGUGGGUAUUGUGGUUAUUCCCAUCGUGGGCAUAUUAACCAACAUAUCCAUUGGCAAAUUAACACCCAAGGGCAUGGUGGAUACCAAUCAUGAGCUGUUUACUGUGGGCUUGUGCAACAUAUUUGGCGCCUGUGUGCAGGCCAUGCCCUCAUCGGGCGCCUUCUCACGCUACGCUAUAAGCACGGCAAGCGGCCUAAGAACACCCAUGGCUAACUUAUACCUGGGCAUAGUUGUGCUGCUUGCCUUGGGCUAUCUGAGUCCCUGGUUCAAUUACAUACCGGAGGCUUCAUUGGCGGCCAUUCUGAUCUGUUCGCUGUACACGCUGUUGGACUUUAAGCUGCCGGUGCGGUUGUGGCGCGAGUCCAAGCGCGACUUUGGCAAUUGGCUGCUGUGCUUUGUAGUCUGUGUGCUGUUUGGCGUGGAGGUGGGUCUCCUUGUCAGCAUCAUUGUCACCGCCAUGCAUCUGCUGUUCCUUUGGGCCCGCCCCGAGAUUCUUGUCAAGAUACAAGCGCUGGACGACAUGCAGUUCAUAUCCGUAGUGCCGGGCAAUGGCAUUUACUUCCCAGCCAUCAACUAUUUGCGGGAACGCGUGCUGAAAGCCUGCACCCGUGCUGACUUUAAGAUCACCGUGGUCAUCGAUGGCCACAAGAUCACCGGACUGGACUAUACCGCAGCUCAGGGCAUUUCCAAGCUAUCCACUGAUCUGUGCCGCAAUUCGGAUGCUGCUAGCUCUGCUCUGCUCAUACUCUACAGAUUCCCUACGCACUUGCAGCAUCUUAUUGACUUGACGGAGAAUCUGGUCUUCUGUGAUUCCGAGGCGAAAGUCAAGGAGUUUCUGACGCAGGAGUCACUGCGCAAUGGCUACAUCAAUCUGAAGGAACACAUACGCGCUUCCAUUGAUCUGGGCUACAAGAUUGAAAUCGAGUAGUUUGGCUUAGUCAAGUUAUUAUUUAUUGUUUUAACGCUUAGCUCAAGGUAAAUCUCAAAUAUAUCUGCUGUAAAUUACUGAAAAUUUGUCGCAAUGGUAAAAGCGAAAUAAAAGUGAAAAAUAAAAUGUAGAAAAGUGGAGCA